GUUUCCGCGUCUACCUCAACGACGUGCUCGCCCACCCAUACCCCCAAUAAACGAAGAUGCACGCGCCCCGAAGACUCUUCAGAUGCAAACAAAGAAAAUAUACCCCCCCUUCUUCAAGACGCUACCCCUACAGCUACGGAGAGUCGACCGAUCCGUGGGAUUCGACGCAGCGCAACGAGCACAUCCGUCGCCACCACUGCUCGUCGACAACUUGCACGUGCGGAGUCCACACCCGUCAUCGAACUUGGCAAUCUCCAGCUGGCUACGCCGCCAGUGACGCCAUCAAAAACCAACUUGAGUAAAACAACACCCUAUGCUGAAGCCCGUGCUUUGCUCCGAACAUCCUCGUCCGCAUCUUCGGCUGGAACCUUGACAGGCCGAGACGCUGAACGGACCAUCAUAACCGGCUUUUUGACCGGUAACGAAGAUACCUGUCUAUAUAUCUCUGGAACUCCUGGUACUGGUAAAACAGCACUCGUCAAUGACAUUUUGAAGGAGAAGGAUGACCUCAUCAGGCAAUACGUCAACUGCACCGGGAUGAAGGCAGAACAAAUCAAAGAAUUAACGCGUCAAACGCGUGACGACAGAGCUGAGGAGGGAAAAACAAUAAUCAUGAUCCUUGAUGAGUUGGAAGAGCUCAAGGGUGACUCGCUCGCUGGCCUCCUCUCUAUUGCUACCGAUCAAUUCCGAAUCAUUGGGAUCUCUAAUACACAUACCCUCACCACCAAGCCUACCGCCUCUACCAUCACCCUCCAUUUCAAACCGUAUACUUCCCAAGAAAUGACCGACAUUAUUUCCAAGAGGCUAGAAGCU